CACUAUUACACCUAUGUUGUAUAAAACUUGAUUGUUGAGCAUACUUAUUUAAUCUCGAAACAUAAAAAGCAUAAUGAUUAAAGGUCAGUUUAUUAUAUUUAUAUAAAAAUAUAAUUGAGGCUUAUAUAUUUUUAAUCCGAUAAAUGGAACAGUAUGCAUUUUUUGCAGUCUAAUUGAAAACGAAUAACUUGUCACAUUUUGUUUAAUGGAUAUUGACCGUUUUAUUUCAACAAUUAUUCUAAUAUUUUCUGUACGGUUCGACUUAAUAAGCUGUGAACCUGGUAGACAUAAAUAUGAAUCGACUUGCACAGAAGAUGAUUCAGAAUAUUUAUAUUAUGGGGGUGAUGUUUUAUUGGGUGGUUUGUUUCCAAUCCAUCAACGUCGAAUUAUUGAUAAAGGGAUAUUACAGAAACCUCAAUUAACGGCAAACGGAUAUAAGCUUUUAGAAGCAAUGCUUUAUGCGAUCGAUAAUAUUAAUUCACGUGAAAAUUACUUAAACUUUUCACUGGGAGCCUUAAUUUUUGAUACAUGUGAAAAUCCAGAUAUUGCUUUUAUGCAAUCACUACAUUUUAUUGUUUUUGAUGAUCCGUUGGAUAAUGACACUAAGAAGACUGGUUUGGAAGAACAGUACACUCAAAGAUCUACUGAAACUUAUGUCACAGCUGUUGUUGGUGGUUCACAAAGUGAUGUAUCUAUUAGCGUGGCAAAUAUGUUAAAAUUCUUAGAUAUACCACAGAUCAGCUAUAUGUCUGCUUCAUCACAAUUAGAUGAUGCAGAUAAAUAUACGUAUUUUAUGAGAACAGUCCCCAGCAUUAGUAUGACAACUGAUGUGAUUAUUGACUUGUUGAGGAAGUAUAACUGGUUUUAUGUCAAUGUUGUACUGGACAGUUCCGAGCAUGGUGAAUCUAAUUAUGGUGUUUUUAUGGAGAAAUUAAAUGGAUUCAGUCAAAUUAUAUGUAUAGCUAAAAAUGUUCGAUUGAUCACCUAUCCUUUAGAUGCUAACGAUAUUGGUAGAAGAUUGAAAACGUUACUGGAUUCUCCAGCUUCAGUUAAUAUCCUGUUAGUAACAUCGUAUACUGCAAGUCUGGCCAUUAGUGAGCUUCUUAAAUGGAACCAGUCAGAUCUUGAUCGAUUUCUUUGGAUUGGUACAAAUGGUCUUAUCUCAACUUUCAGAGAAUUAUAUUUAACUGAAGAUUUCGAUCCAGUUUAUGCAGAGCAUUUCCAUGGAUUCAAAAAAUUUAUCUUAGUUUUACCACAUUUACCGGAAGAGAAGAAUAUGAAAAAAUAUUCUAUUAACUUAAAAAGGACAGUUUAUUUAACCAACUGGACAAAAUCUUACAUAAUGCAAUUUUGUGGCUGCUUACCAAACGUAGUUGAUCCAAAUAAUUUCACUGGUCAAGUUUGUAAUGCCGAAGAUGAACAUGAAUGCUUAUCAUAUCUUUAUAGAGAUUCAAUUUAUUACGUACCUCAAGUAGUCAACUCUGUGUAUGCGAUAGCAAAUGCAUUAAAACAAGUAUUUACACAGUAUCCGAUGUUGAAAUGGCAUCAUAAAUCCCGUGAGCAAACGAGAAGGUUGCUUUUAAGUGAAUUACAAAAAUGUCAGUUUGAAGGUUUUGGCAAUGAAUCGUUUUCAUUCUUCGAUAAACGAAAUGGUCAACCGAAUUUUACAAUAUUAACUUUUGUGCCAAAUACAUUUAAAUGGAAAGUAUUAGCUCAGUAUGAUGAAACAAGAUCUCCAAGGUUUUACUAUAUCAAUGAAAAUAUUUCAUCUUAUAUUCAAGAAACUAUUCCAGAAUCUGUAUGUUCUAAACCAUGUAAUGUCGGUCAAAUAAAACGUAUUGAUUGGGGUCGUUCAUGUUGUUGGAUUUGUAUAAAUUGUUCAUCUCAACAAAUUGUUACUUCAGUAAAUUUGAAUAAAAAUCUUAACAAUACAAUAAAUAACAAUAUUACAAAUAAAAGCACUAGUAAUCCAAUGGCAUCUCCUAUGUGUCAAUUUUGUAGUCCUGGUUAUAGACCAAAUAAAAAUCAAACAAAAUGUCAACUAUUACCAAUAAAAUAUAUGUCAAUAUAUGAAAAAGUUGCACAAAGCUUCGUUGGAAUAUCAUCAACUGGUUUAAUUCUAUGUUUAAUUGUAUCAAUUAUUUGUAUUAAAUAUUGGAAAACACCAAUAAUUAAAGCAUCUGGUAAAGAAACAUCUAUUAUAUUAUUUAUUGGCAUUAUAUUAUCAUAUAUAUCAGGUGAAUUAAUUCUUGCAUUAUCUCCAUCAUUGUUUAUUUGUAAUUUUGCAAUAUUUUCUGUUGGAUUUUGUACUACACUUACCUAUUCAGCUAUUUUGGCCAGAAGUUCACGGAUCAAUUCUAUAUUUCAAAUAAAUGAAUUACAUUUAAUGAAACCUCAAAAAAUUUCUGGUCAAAAAUCACAACUACUUAUCAUUGGUAUAUCAUGUUUAAUACAAUUUAUUAUAUUAAUUAUUAUAUGUAGUAUUACACCAACUAUACCACAAUUAAUACUUUCCGAUUAUGAAUUAAAUCCACAAUUAAAAAUCAAUAAAAAAUCGAUAACAAUAUAUGAAGAUGAUUAUUUAAUCAAAAUCAAUAAUCAUCAAAAACGAUUAAUAUUACAUGGAUUACCAAAUAAUUUAAUAUUAUGUUUUCCAUAUUUUGAUAUAAAACAAAUUAUUACUAUAUUUAUACCAUUCUUAUUAAUGUGUUUAUCAACUAUAUAUGCUUAUAAAAUUCGUAAAGUACCAAGUGGAUUUAAUGAAGCUAGAGCAUUAGCAUUUGUGAAUUAUAUUAAUUGUAUUUGUUUUAUUACAACACCUAUACUUAUGUAUUAUGCUAGUAAAACAAUGUUAGAAUUAGUACCGUUAAGUUUUUUAUUAAUUUCUACGGCAACUAAUGAAUUCAGUGUUUUGAUCUUACCAAAGAUAUACAUUAUUCUAUUUCGACCAUAUAAAAAUACAAGAGCCAGUAUUAUGCAACGUCUUAGAGGACUUAGUCAAGUCGAAUGUACGGAGUGGAUUAAUGAGGUUACGUCUAGGAGUUCGUCUGGUAUAUUUAGUAUAUCUAGAGGUAAAGUGCUAAACCCUUGGCUAAAAAUACGAGAACUGUCUUCAAAAUCUCUAGGUAGUCCAGCAUCCAUAAUGAAUAAUCCAACAACACUGAAAAAUCAAAAAUUCAAGACAACCGAAAAGUGUUUAAUUAAUGAGUUCUCAUGUGGCACAUCGCUCAUAAUACAGUGCUACAAUGUAAAAUCACCUACUAAACAAGUACAGAAGAAUUUAAUUACAUCUCAAAUGAGACCAAAAGUUGUUUCUUUUGUGGAAAAACCCAAUACCGAAGAAAAUGACAAUGAAUGGAUUACUUCACAUCGGACAAUGAAUUUAGUUACGAGCGAUUAUAGUCGUGUAGAUGGAAAUAAUGUUGAUUCUAAAAAUGAUCACAAAGUUGAUACCAAUAAUUACGUAAACUAUAAAAACCGAAUACUUUAGAAGUAGUAGAUAAAAUACUGACGGGGAUUUUCAAACGUUCCACUGAAAAUAAGAGCGGAGUAUAUUUCGCAAAGGAAUUUUCCUUGUCUAUACUUUCUUCAAGUUCUUUCGUUUUGAUUGAAAAUAAUCUUUAUUACUUCAUAAUUUCUACGGCUUUUUCAAUUUGUGUGGAAUUUCAAAAUCAUGCAGAGAAAUUAUUGUUUGUUCAUUUAAAAAGUUAAUAAUCAGUUUUGUUUAAUACGUUCGUUGUUAUUCUUGAUUUGUUAGAAUUUUUCCAUUGCAAAAUUACUUACAUUGACCAAUAAUUAGACAUACAUAUUGUUAAAACGAGUACACGCAAAAUGGAGCAAUGAUUCAGACUACAAAUGUUUUUCUUAAUAUUUAAAAACGAUUUCGGAUAUUCGUUUGGGUUCAUGUUGAUUCAAAUUAAUUAAAUAGCUAACUUGAUGACGAAAAAUAGUGCAACUACGUUUACAAAAUCACAUACUGUUUUCAAGUAGACCAAUUUAUACUUAGUUAUUUGAAAACCGUGAUUAAUUUAUCUCAGGUAACCUAGAUGAAGAUUAACAAAUGGUGGACAAAUCUUAACUAUCAGUAAUCAGCAUUACCUAUGAAGCGUAAAAUGUUUUUAUGCUUUUUUCUCAUACUUGCAGUGGCUUUGCUUCACCAGUCGUUCACCUCAACAACCGUUAUAAUGUAAAUCUUAACGGUUUUUGAAGUCAGAAGGCAAAGAGAAGCGGCUACUUCAGUUUAUUAGCGGAUAGAACGAACCACAAAGUCAUAAGCACAUCAAACGAAUUUUGCGCAGAGAGGUGAAUAAACAUAUGCGAGCAAUUACAUAGGCAGAUUUGUAGUCAAAUUGUAUAAGGGAGCAGCAAGGUAAAACAAAAGCUAAUGUUAGGAUUUGAGUGCAUACAUAUAUAUGGGGAGGAGGAGAAUCAUUGAACGAUAUUUAAGCGAUCAACAUUUUAGCUAGAGUCUGUCAUGUGCUCUAGUAUCCAUAACACUACAAAGAAAUAUGCGAAUUGUUACUAUUCUAACAACAUUGUCUGUUAAGUAAGUUAAUAAAAGGGCCUAACCAAAAUUAACCACAAUCGAAAUUGGUUGUAGGCCAUUUGCUAUAUACUUUCAUUUUUAGUGUAGCCUAAAUGUAUAAGAUUAAUACAUGUAUAAAACAGUCUACUAAGAUCAUAUUUUGAAAGAAGAUGAAAUACAAUGAGGAAGUAAAUGGAAGGUAUGUGAAAAAGAAUUGUAUAAUGGUUCAUUCAGGCGUCUUUUGGAAAUGUUCAGCGAAUCUUUCCCAUAAUAAAGAAUACAUAUACUAUAUAUGAUACUGGUAAUGAAUUAAUCAACCAACUAAAUUCAUGAACUAUAAAGGUAUCUUGAGGAUUUGAUGCAUAUUACCAAAGAUUAGUUAAUAUGAAUUGUAAUUCCUAAUAAUCUAACUUCAUAUAUUUGUUUGUUUAUUAGAUUAUAUUUCCGAACCCAUAAAUACUUUCUUUGAGUAUACCUUGAUUACAUUUAUUCAAUUUUCACUUUAUGGUUGAAAUGUAAUAUUCGCUCCAAUUCAUUCAUAAUGGAAAUUUCUAAGUAAGCAAACACUGUCUUGUCACUGUGUCUCAAACUGUCUGACAUUGAUGCAGUUGAAAUCAAAUAUUUUGUCGUGUUAAACUGAUAUUUGAUCCUAAAGCAUGUCGAAGUGAUGGAAAAUGCAGCAGUAAGCGAAAUUGGUAGCGACAUAGUAGUCACUGACUACUAAAAAUCAACCUAAUCGCGUAAAGUAAUUGAAAAUCAUAUUCACAUUACUGGUCGGAAUCAACAAUAUCGAGGCAACUAAAGAUUUAUUUCAAGCAUUGUAGUCAGAGGAUUGGAUAACUCUACAGAACUGAUGAAAAAUUACUUGAAUUUUUAGGUUUUGACUGUGAAAAAAUUAGCUAUCGUCUCCAGACAAUAGUCUGUUACGUCUGGAAAAUUCUAGUUUUCAGUUCUACACAGUAGCAUUUAGAGAGAACAUUUGUAUUGAACUUGUUAUUUAAUACCAUUAAGUUUAGUAAGACUGACG